AUUCCUGAAUGUGCGCGUCACCGAAAUGGCGAAGGCGGUGCUUUUGGGUCCCUCCUCAGAGUAGAAGUAUUACAGGCGGGCUUUUGUCGCUUAUUUUGAACCAUACCUUACUUAAAAAAACAGUUUGCAACAUUGUUGAACAUUUGUAUUUUUUGGGGGGACAUCUGUACGCCGAUUAAAAAGUAAAAGGAGGGCCUGCUUCCCCUCAGACACAGCUAGAGGCCACCAUGAAGCUGACGGACAAUGUGCUGCGGAGCUUCAGAGUUGCUAAGGUGUUUCGAGAAAACUCCGACAAAAUUAACUGCUUCGAUUUCAGCUCGAAUGGAGAAACAAUUAUAUCCAGCAGCGACGACGACUCGUUAGUCCUCUACGACUGUCAAGAGGGAAAACCCAAGAGGACCCUGUACAGUAAAAAGUAUGGAGUGGAUCUGAUCAGGUACACACAUGCUGCAAACACUGUGGUCUACAGUUCCAACAAAAUCGAUGAUACUAUCCGGUACCUGUCGCUUCAUGACAACAAAUACAUUCGCUACUUUCCUGGGCAUAACAAAAGGGUGACAUCUCUUUCCAUGUCUCCUGUGGAUGACACAUUUAUAUCUGGCUCACUAGAUAAAACAAUCAGACUCUGGGACUUGCGGUCUCCGAACUGCCAGGGUCUGAUGCACCUGCAGGGGAAGCCAGUGUGCUCCUUUGAUCCAGAGGGCCUCAUUUUUGCUGCUGGUAUAAAUUCAGAGAUGGUUAAACUUUAUGAUCUGCGAUCGUUUGAUAAGGGUCCCUUUGCAACCUUCAAGCUUCAGUAUGACCGGACGUGUGAGUGGACGGGACUCAAGUUCAGCAAUGAUGGAAAACUUAUUCUUGUUUCUACUAAUGGCGGAGCCCUUCGCAUCUUAGAUGCUUUUAAGGGUGCUGUACUACAUUCCUUUGUGGGAUACAACAACAGUAAAGGUGUAACACUGGAGGCAUCUUUCACCCCAGAUUCUCAGUUUGUUAUGAUCGGCUCUGAGGACGGAAAAAUCCACGUCUGGAAUGCAGAGAGCGGUAUGAAGGUGGCUUUAUUAGACGGGAAGCACACAGGACCGAUCACCUGCCUGCAGUUCAACCCAAAGUUCAUGACGUUUGCGAGUGCCUGUUCCAACAUGGCUUUCUGGCUGCCCACGAUUGACGACUAAAGACAUGAAAACAGGGCUCUUUGUUGAUUGCAAGAGCAAACGAAACCAGCAGGGGUCAGCACUUCUGGUUCUGUGUGUGACUAUCACAGGAAGUGUGGCCCACUAAAUACAAAUUGUAAAUAAGUUGUCUGCAGAAUGAGAUCGUUUGUCUAUUCUUUUUUAUAUUUCUAUUUAACAUUAAACAAUUUCUUUGUAAAAUGA